AUGGACUCAUCACAGCAUCCCCUGGUCGCGGGCCUGCUCACCUCGCUCGCCUCUUCGACUAUUGCGCCGUCGGCCGCGACCCAAUAUCUCGCCUCCUAUUCGCAACACACCUAUGUCGCUCUUCCCAGUUCGACCUUGCUAUUAACUCCUGAUGGAGACGAGCAAGGGAACAUGGAAAGAUGGUCCUCAUUCAUCGGUAUUGUGACUGCUCUGGUCGGCAACGUUUUGAUUUCGGUAGCACUCAACAUCCAACGUUAUGCACACAUUCGCAUCACACGAGAAUGGGAACAGGACAGGAUCAAGAAGGAAGCGGACGGGAGGCGGGCGCAUUCUGGGGAAGGCACAGCAAAUCCAUAUGGGACUGUUGGAGGUGAUGUUCGGAGGCGAUCGCGGGAACACGACCGGGCUUUCGAGGCCCAUCGGGAGGACGAAGAUGCACCCCCCAUGGGUAGAAAUGGUGUCCGAGGCUCUCAAGACGGCCUACGCAAUUCGUUUACAUCCGAUGAUACCACUCGUCCGGACAACUCUGAAGACCGGAAAUCUUACCUCCGCUCUCCCUACUGGUGGGUUGGAAUCAUCCUCAUGUGUCUGGGAGAGACGGGAAAUUUUCUCGCCUACGGGUUCGCGCCAGCGUCGAUUGUCUCUCCCCUGGGUGUCGUUGCCUUGAUAUCGAACUGCGUUAUCGCACCGUGCUUGCUCAAGGAAAAGUUCCGGCAACAGGAUUUCUGGGGCGUGUUGAUAUCUAUUGCCGGGGCCGUGGUCGUCGUGCUCAGCGCUAGAUCUUCAGAAGAAAAGAUUGGUCCCGGUGAAAUUUGGAUGAUGAUCACUCGUUGGGAGUUUGAGCUCUAUCUGGGAUUGACUCUCGCGCUUAUCUUUGGUCUUAUGUGGGCCAGCUUCUCAUAUGGCUCGCACUCGAUUCUCAUCGACGUCGGGCUUGUGGCGUUGUUUGGUGGAUACACAGCCUUGUCUACCAAGGGCGUCUCCUCGCUGCUGUCAUUCACGUUGUGGCAUGUCAUCACAUACCCCAUCACUUACCUACUCGUUUUCGUUCUUGUUUUCAGUGCCUUGAUGCAAAUUCGCUACAUCAACCGUGCGUUGCAGCGCUUUGACUCCACUCAAGUGAUUCCCACGCAAUUCGUUCUGUUCACCCUCUCGGUUAUCAUUGGAAGUGCUGUUCUCUAUCGUGAUUUCGAAUCUAUGUCGGCCGCCCGGGCAGGCAAGUUCGUGGGAGGUUGCUUUUUGACAUUCCUGGGUGUCUAUUUUAUUACCAGUGGUAGAUUUCAUUCUGAUGAUGAGUCUACCUUUUCGACGGACGAUGAAGAAGAAGCCAUCGGCUUGCUUCAUGGUGAACGGUACCAUGAUAGGAUUGAUUUAUCUCCUCCCGCGCAACAAUACCGAGUACCAAAAGCACUCCAUCUCGCUCAUGAGAAUGAAGAUGGACAAUCGCCGCCAGGCUCUCUUCUAAGUCGCGGUAUUGAUGGGAUGGAUGAUGAUCAGCUCACUCCUCGAGAGGUUCUUUCCGGGGCUCCCUCUUCUCCAGUCGGCUCAUUGACCGCGGAUUCUCCCUGUUCAGGGCCAUCGGUGGAUCACACGUCGCCAUUACGCCCGCCGUCUCGUAUGUCCAAUCCCUGGGCGGACUCCGCGAAUGCCCCUCUUGAAACUCCCAAAUCCGACACCGAAAUCUACUGCCACACUCCGCUGCCUCCGCACGAUGGCGACACAGGCCCGGAGUCAACUGUUCUUUUGCGCUUUCCUCCUGCACCUGGCAUCGAGGAAGAUUCGCCGAACAAGCCUCCCGUGCUCCGACGGGCUUCAACUCCUACUGCAGCAGAUCAGCCUCAUGCUAGUGACCGAAGCCACACGACCUUGGAAACCCCUUCGCGACGAGUAAUGCGCAACUCUAUUUCCAACCGCUUCUCUCCUGGCACCCUUCUUCCCACUCUUUCGGGUGGCUUUAGUGCCGUCGUUGCAGAAUCCUUGCGGCGUGGUGAGGGUAGCCCAUUGAAAGACCGUGCCCGGCGAAAGCAAGGACGCCGCAAGCAACUCGAUGGUGCCUUUGAGUAUGGAACCGCUCACCACCGAGAUGGGGAUCUCGUCGCUGAUGAGGAUGGUCUCGAUAGCCCCCUGACUAUUGCCGCCGCGCGCCUCCAAUCUGCCACCAGCCUGGCCGCACCUUCUGUGGGGGCUGGACGGUCCACCCCUGCUCUGACCACGGAAAUCUACACCACCCCAGCCCAGCAAUCAGAUGAAGAGGUAACGCGUCUGCGCAGCUUUAGUGACUCGUGGAGCGGUGGCCUUGCAUGGCUUGGCGGUGCGCUGCGAAAGAAUCAGCACGGCCAGGGUGUGGAUAGCGGUGCGAUCACGCAAGGAACCGCGACUCCGCAGGAUGACCGGGGUCUAUCCGAUCAGGGCGGUCACAGCCAGCAUGAUACUGGAAACGCGGAGGCCGAAUCUCGGCCAUAA